UUUUACUGCAUUCUUUGGCACGCCAACUGCUGGAAUAUUACUAUUUUGCAUUUGGUGUUUUUACAGUGUAUUUUAACCAUCUUCGCUCUUGUGGUGGAGAAAAUAAUCAGUUUAUUCAGUUAAAGUAACAAAAUGCUCAUUUUCUAAUAGAAAUGAGACAUUGCAUUACAAACCACACUUUGAAUGAACCUAGAACAUAUUCAUAGGUGGAAGAUUAGCCAAUGUCGCAGGUUUCUUAUCAUUUUUACAUUAAUAUUACUGAACUAUUAGCACUAAAGUACAGUUUUAAAACAGUUUGAAGAGGUGGAGCAGCAUUUAAUCCAAUAUACAGGUUCUCUGGUGGCUCAAGUUGUCUCAUUUUACUGUCACUGAAUCAGUAAAGUCACCUGAAUACCUGUAUAACAUUAACAAAAACACAUUUUUUGGCAGCAUGAGAACAGACUCUUUGUGCCACUUUGGUGAAGAAGACAAACUGUAAUAUAAUACAGUGAAAUAACAAUAGCCGCAAAAACACAACACUCUCAGGUAGAUUCUAACAAAAAAUGCAUCCAGUGGCUGAAAUAUUGAACACCUGUAGACUUUAAAGGAAUGCAACAGGUUUCUUCUGGCAUGAAAGGCAGAGCAGUCCUAAAGAAGAAAAGAAAAAGACAGAGGAAGGAAGCUGCUGAUCAUCACGGGUGGUUCUGUUUGCGUGGGCCGCCCACAGGAGUCGUUUUGGGGAAGAGGUUACUGUAUUACUGUAUAUGAGCUUAUUGUCAGGCAAAGUUCACUGUUGUUCCCGGAGCAGCAUGUGACAGACCGAAGCUGGAGCUGUAACCGGGCUCUCCUGGCUCCUCUCACUGCCCUCACGCCAAGUUUUCUGGGAAAGUUACGCGUCUGAUUCUUCUGAGAUGUUCUGGUUCAUGCAGGGUCUAUGCGCCCUGCCAGCCUUUCUGGUCGUGUGGUCCUCCUGCACUUUCAUUAUUUCCUACCUUAUUGCGCUUUUCAGACACGAUGUCGACGUCCUCUUCCCCUAUAUAAGUGACACAGGUGCAAACCCUCCAGAAAGCUGCAUUUUCGGCCUGAUGGCGUUCAUUUCUGCAUGUGCAGGAAUAGGCACCAUGUAUGCCUGGUACAAGUUUGUGGACAAGCUGAACGAGAACAGCGGUGUGGUGAAUCCGAAGCUCAAUAAAGCUGCUCUCGGCCUUGGGAUGCUCGCCUGUCUGGGCAUGUGCAUCGUUGCUACUUUCCAGGAAACAACAGUGACAAAAGUGCAUGAUAUCGGAGCGUUCCUGUUUUUUGCCACUGGUGUUGUGUACUUAAUCAUCCAGUCGGUUAUAUCAUAUCAAGCUGCUCCAUUUGGCUUCUCCAAAAGUGUGUUUUGGGUUCGUGCAUUCAUCGCCUUGAUCGCUACUUUGGCAUUUUUCCCAACUGUCAUCUGUGCCUUUUUUGUAACACAAACUGAACUUCACCAUCACAAGGACGACCAGGACUAUGUCUAUCAUCUGGUCAGCGCUGUAUGUGAGUGGAUUGUUGCCUUCAGCUUCGUCUGCUUCUUCCUCACCUACAUUCACGACUUCAAAAUGUUUACGUUACAAGUGAGGACAGAGUAUACGGAGUAGGCUUGAGCAUUUUUGCAGCUUUUUGAUUAAGAUGAAUAUCAGUAUUUUAUACGCAUUUGCUUUUCAUGGAUGUAUUUUUUGCGAGGCUUUUUUUUACAGCUCUGUAUUUUUGCCACCUGACUGCAGCUUUUGUUAGAAUCCAGUUAAGAACUUUAUUUAUACAUUUUGAGUAUCUGCCUAUCGGUCAGCUGUGUCUAAAGGACAACAAAAAUGACCACAGUUUGUAUCUUUAUACUUUUUUAUGUCCUGUAAGUGUACUUACUGUUGCCUGUGUGCAGUCAAACGUCACUUUGCACUUUGCUCAGCUGUUGCCACACCAGCAUGACACAGAUCUGUCAGACUUGUGACCACUAAUUAGAGAAGUUCAUCACACAGACACCACAUGAUCACUGCACAGGAGGUUAAAUGCCCGUCAAAGCGAAAGAGAAUGUUUGUGGGUACUCUGCUCAGUCUGCUCUUUACAUGCCACCCUGAUAAUGUUUGUAUUUUACAACUUUCCAUUAUUUUUUUAUCUUUGGAAAUCUCUUAUUUGUUGGUGCUCCAGUUUGACAUUUUCAGUUCUGGUGCUUACCGUUUACUGCUCCCUCGUUAAAUGGUACCAGCUGAUGCCGCCACACGGUUCGACAGUGCAGCUACAGAUGUGUCGUAAAUAGGUUGUGCAAUGGGAAUUACCCUCCUUAGUUAAUUAGUUUCCUUGGUACGACUGCCAAAUUGAAUUCCACUUAUAAAAUAAGCAGGAACUGCAGCUUCGGCAGGCUUUAUGGCAGUCUGUCUUCGUCCGUUCUAAAGCUGUGGCUCCACCUGCAUCCCCUUUGACCAAAUCAUCUACUUGCCACAUGGCUUUAAGAUGAGAAUUUAUUGGUCCGGAAGGAAAUUUUGAGGUCAGACAUUGCCCUGAAAAAAAUAUAUGAACAAACACAAUGCCUAAAAAUAAAAAAUAAACAGUAGUCUCAGUUUUGAGCAGUUUAACCAGAAUUACUUCUGAGAUUCAUGAAUUUAUAGGAUUUUCUAAGACCCAAAGCAGUAUUUCACAAGAAAAAAACGUGAAUUUUAGAUAUUCUAACAGCUGGAUUGCUUAUUUUGUAUAACAUCUAUUAAUCUACUUCCUGACCUCUUAGAUGUUUGCGGAAUAUCGACCCUGCCUGCCUUUUGGGAACCACCACUUUAGAUUAAUCUGCCGGUACGGUAGCCGCGACUUUGCUAUGAAACAAGUACAAAUCACAGGAGACACUAGAAAAAGGGCACAAGGAAAGGGAUUAAUACAUGAAACUCACUUGACAUUGCCUAAGACAAUGCAAAGAAAUACUGUCAGGCUGCUUUACAGGUUAUCUUUAACGUACCGGGAGAAAAGGAAUGUCAGGUCAACAUGCUGAGACAAGUUUUUGUGUUAAAGUGUUGCGAUUAAAAUGCAGAUGUUACACUUAAACUGAGGUACUGGCUGAUAAACAAAGGAUCAGAGGCCAGUAGCUUUGUAUGAUCUCUGUGCUGUAAUAUAUAUACAGUGGGAAAAAUAAGUAUUGAACGCGUCACCUUUCUUCUCAAGACUCCAUUCCUCAACAAAAGACAUGUUGAAGCUCGUUUAAAGUUUGCUAAACAGCAUCUUGACAAGCCUGUAGAAUACUGGGAGAAUGUGUCUGGUCAGAUGAGACCAAAAUUGAACUUUUCGGCUGUCAUACUACCGUACAUACCAUGUUUGGAGGAGAAAUGGCACUGCACAUCACCCAAAAAACACUAUACCAACAGUGAAAUUUGGAGGUGGAAGCAUCAUGGCAUGGGGUUGUUUCUCAUCUCAUGGUAUCGGCAAACUUCAUAUAAUUGACGGAGCAAUGAAUGGAGCCAUGUAUCGGGAAAUUCUUGAUAUGAAUCUGCUGCCAUCCACCAGGAUGAUGAAGAUGAGACGUGGCUGGACCUUCCAGCAGGACAACGAUCCAAAGCACUCGGCAAAGUUGACUUUCAAAUGGUUUCAAAAAAGAAAAUCAAUCUGUUAGAAUGGCCUAGUCAAUCACCUGACUUAAAUCCAAUUGAACAUUUGUGGAAAGAACUCAAGAAAAGGGUUCACCAGAGGGCACCAAAGAAUAUUCAAGAUUUAAAGACAAUCUGUGCAGAGGAAUGGGCCAAAAUCACACCUGAGCAGUGUGGGCGAUUAGUUAAAACAUACAAGAAGCGUCUGGAAGCUGUCAUUGCAAACAAAGGCUUCUCCACCAAGUAUUAGAUGAGUCUCAGUUAGCGUGUUCAAUACUUUUUUCCUGUGUUAUCUCACUUAAUUCCACAUAAUCAUUAUUUAUGGACCUGAAUGUUGUGAUUUCUUUUCAUGUGUGGAUUAUUUGAGUUAAUAUCAAUGUCUGGUAGAAAUUUUGUUUGAAUUGCAUCUUUGGAAAUAAAUGUGAUGAGAAAAAAGUU